CUUUUCACUUGUUGUAUGUGAGCGGUAUUUUGCCGGAAAAACUUAUAUUGAAAAUAAUAAUAUAAAUUCGGGUAAAAGAUAUUGUCAAAAAAUGUGUGAAAAUUUUACUGAUAGUAUUAAGUAAAAAUAAUUCCUAAACGAAGGGAAUUUUUCAGUGAAAUACUUUUUUAUCGUGAUGAUAUAAUAGGUUAUAACAAAUAAAAUUUAUCAAAAAUGGAAAAUAAUUCUUUGCCUCCGAUAAAAUCUAACAAUCCAGCACCAACAGUAGAGCAAAUAAAUGCUGAUCGAAUUACACAGCUUGCUAAUAAAUAUUGGGCUCAUACAUCGUCUACUCAUUUAGAGUUUAAUCCACAAAUCGUAGAAGACAUAUAUGUCGAAGAAAUAUGUGCAUCAAAAUUUUCAAUCAGAAGAAUAAUGAUGUUGGAAUUCAGUCAAUUUUUAGAGAAUUUUCUAUGGCCUAAUUAUGAUGCUGAACAAGCUACAAGAGCACAUACUUUAUCUAUUGUUGUAAUGGUGAAUGAAAAAUUCAGAGAAAGAGUCCAAGUUUGGGAGGCAUUUGAAAAGAAUCCUACUCAUUUUCCAGGAUUUAUUCAACGAGUUUUAGAAGCAUGUUUAGAAAAAAGUAUAUUAGAUUUUGAUUUGAAAGAACAAACGGCAUUAAUUGUUUUUUUGAAUCAUUGUUUUAAUUCAAUGGAAGUGGCUUUAGUAAGAAAUGAAAUAAAAAGAUUAGUUACAUUAUCGAUGUGGGUUUCUCUUCAACAUGGUAGAAGAGAAUUGGAGUUCAAGAAGUAUGGAAAAUGGAGAAAACAGUGGAACUUUAUAAGAAAACGAGAUAAACCAGAGCUGAAAGAAAAACUUGAUUGGGAAAGGAAGUUUCUUCAUAGAUUGAUGAUUAAAUUUAUGAAUGUGUUGGAAUCAAUUCCAUUAGAAGGACCUUUAAAUUCAGAUAAAGUGCAUUAUUGUGAAAGGUUCCUUGAGCUAAUGAUUGAUUUAGAAGCUCUUUUACCAACUCGACGUUUCUUCAAUACAGUAAUGGAUGAUUGUCAUCUAGUUGUGAGAUGUUCUUUGUCUAAUUUACUUAAACGACCAGAAGGCAACUUAUUUGGACAGCUCCUGGAAAUGCUCAAAUUUUAUGCUAGAUUCGAGAUCAGUGAUACAACCGGAGAUACUUUGACAGAUCAUGAUAUGACACAGUUUCAUUAUGAAAAAAUAACUUCCCUUCAAAAAGCAGUGUUUGCUAAGUUUCCCGAUCUACGAAAUUUUGCUCUGGCAAAUGUUGCUAGUGUUGACACAAGAGAAGCUUUGCAAAAGCACUUUGGAUCUUUAAGUCAAGAAAAAUUAAAAGCAGUUGCUUGUUAUUUAAAUCUUGUGCCUCCAGAUGAACGAGCAAAUGAUGAAAAUUGGUAUCGAUUAGAUAUGGAUUUUUUACAAGAGUUAUUGAUUUCUCGACACGAACGACGAGCAUCACAAUUGGAAGAAUUAAAUGAAAUGCCUCUCUAUCCUACGGAAGAAGUCAUUUGGAAUGAAAGUAUCGUACCAACUGAAUAUUUUUCCGGUGAAGGAUGUCUAGCCUUACCAAAAUUAAAUCUUCAAUUUCUUACUCUCCAUGAUUAUCUACUAAGAAAUUUUAAUCUAUUUAGAUUAGAAUCAACUUAUGAAAUUCGUCAAGAUAUCGAAGAUUCAGUGAGUCGAUUGAGUCCUUGGAAAGCCGAAGAUGGUGGAGUUUAUUUUGGUGGAUGGGCUCGAAUGGCUCAACCUAUAACACAAUUUGCCGUAGUUGAAGUUGCAAAACCAAACAUUGGUGAAAAACAGCCAUCAAGAGUACGAGCCGAUGUCACAAUAAAUUUAAGCGUACGAAAAGAAAUAAAAUCUGAAUGGGAAAAUUUGAGAAAACAUGACGUUUGUUUCCUUAUAACGGUUAAUCCACCAAAUCCUAUAGGCACAAAAUACACUCAUAAAUUACCUUUUGUACCUCAAGUUGGUUUAACAGUUGUACGAGGUUGUGAAGUCGAAGGUAUGCUUGACUCUAAUGGACGUGUAAUAGAAGAUGGCCCUGAACCACGUCCUAUUUUACCAGGGGAUUCUCGAACUUAUCGAGUUUGGUUGGAUCCUAAUCAAUACCGAAUUGAUAUGGACAAUGCAAGCCAUGGAAGUGAAGAUGUCUAUGAAGGUUUUAAUAUUAUAAUGCGUCGAAAACCUAAAGAAAAUAAUUUCAAAGCUGUUCUUGAAACUAUUAGAGAAUUAAUGAACACCGAAUGUGUUGUUCCUGAUUGGCUUCACGAUAUCAUUCUUGGAUAUGGGGAUCCUGGAGCGGCUCAUUACUCUCGAAUGCCUGACGAAAUUCCAACUAUAGACUUUAAUGAUACGUUUUUAGAUAUUAAUCAUUUGAAAGCCAGUUUUCCUGGUUAUACAUUUGAAUUUAAAUCUCCAGUUGAUGAUGAAAGUAAAUUAGUAAGACCUUUCAGAUUGACUUUCCAGGAUGUAAUUGAUAAACAAGAAGGUAUUGAACCCGUACGAAAAAUUAUUACUAUCGAGCCUCACAUUCUUCCAAGUCGAGGUCCUUAUAAGGCUAAUCAACCAAAGAAGAAUCAAAUACCUUUCACACCUACACAAAUAGAAGCUAUUCGAGCAGGAAUGCAGCCUGGCUUGACAUUAGUUGUUGGACCUCCUGGUACUGGUAAAACGGAUGUUGCUGUACAAAUUAUUUCUAAUUUGUAUCAUAAUUUCCCUAAUCAGAGAACAUUGAUUGUUACACAUUCCAAUCAAGCUCUUAAUCAACUGUUUGAAAAAAUUAUGGCAUUAGAUAUUGACGAAAGACAUUUACUUCGUCUUGGUCAUGGUGAAGAAGCUCUCGAGACUGAAAAGGAUUUCAGUCGUUACGGAAGAGUUAAUUAUGUUUUAGCGAAACGUUUAGAUCUUUUAAUGGACGUUCAAAGACUUCAAGAAUCACUAAAUGUUAAAGGUGAUGUUGCAUAUACGUGUGAAACUGCAGGCCACUUUUUUAUGGAUCAAGUAAUUACCCGUUGGGAACGUUUCGAAUCAAGAUUGAAACAACGAUCUUCUGGAGUAACUGAUAUUCCAGUAAACAUUGUCGAUGAAGAGUUUCCAUUUCAUAAAUUCUUUGAUAAUGCACCUCAACCACUCUUCAAACAUAAUUCCUAUGAAGAAGAUUUAGAAAUAGCUCAAAGUUGUUUUAGAUACAUUGAAAGAAUUUUCGCACAAUUAGAAGAAUUUAGAGCAUUUGAAUUAUUGAGAUCUGGUCUAGAUAGGUCGAAAUAUCUUCUUGUUAAAGAAGCUAAAGUCAUUGCCAUGACUUGUACACACGCCGCCUUAAAACGACGUGAACUCGUUGAUAUGGGUUUCAAAUAUGAUAACAUAUUAAUGGAAGAAUCUGCACAAAUUCUAGAAAUUGAAACUUUUAUUCCUUUAUUAUUACAAAAUCCUGAGGAUGGUUACAAUCGAUUAAAGCGAUGGAUUAUGAUUGGAGAUCAUCAUCAACUGCCGCCUGUAAUUAAAAACAUGGCUUUCCAAAAAUAUUCUAAUAUGGAACAAUCUCUUUUCGCCCGAUUUGUCAGACUUGGCGUACCAACUGUUGAUUUAGAUGGUCAAGGUCGUGCUAGACCAAGUAUCUGUAAUCUUUAUAAUUGGAGAUAUAAAAAAUUGGGUAAUUUAACUCAUGUCGAACGCAGUCCCGAGUAUUUAGUAGCUAAUGCUGGUUUCCUUUAUGAUUUCCAAUUAAUAAAUGUUGAAGAUUUCAAUGGUGUUGGAGAGAGUGAACCGAGUGCUUACUUUUAUCAAAAUCUUGCUGAAGCUGAAUAUUGUGUGGCAGUAUUUAUGUAUAUGCGAUUACUUGGCUAUCCAGCUGACAAAAUCAGUAUUUUAACGACGUACAAUGGUCAAAAGCAUCUUAUUAGGGAUGUCAUCAAUAUCAGAUGCGCCAACAACCCUUUGAUUGGACGUCCUAGUAAGGUUACAACAGUUGAUAAAUAUCAAGGUCAACAAAAUGAUUAUAUUUUACUUUCGCUGGUUAAAACACGUGCAGUUGGUCACUUGAGAGACGCGCGUCGUUUGGUUGUUGCUAUGUCUCGUGCACGUCUGGGACUGUAUGUCUUUGCUCGAGUUUCUCUAUUUAAGAAUUGUUUCGAACUUACUCCUGCCUUUGACCAACUAAUGCAACGGCCUUUAAAACUUCAACUUAUACCUGAAGAAUCUUAUCCAACACAGCGACUUAAAGAUGAAAAACCUACACUCCCUGUUAUUGAGAUUGAAGAUAUGCCACAUGCUGCCAAUUUUGUUUAUGACUUUUAUACGAACAAAGUGAAGAGUAUGAAGGAGUUACAAAAUGAAUGGGUUAAACCUGACAGAACUUAUGAGUCAACUAAUCCUGAAUACCACAUACCCAUACGCCCUGGUGAUGCAAAUGCAGCUGGCUCAGAUGAUGAAGAUGAAGAAAAAACUGAAGAUAAUAAGGAUACUGCUGAGGAAAUUCCUGACAAUGAGGAACAAAAGUCUGAGAAUGAUGACCAAGGUAUACCUAUUCAAAAUCUCGUUACAGAACCCAUGGAAGAAGAAGAUGAGUAGUUGUAGAAAGAGAAAAUUGAAUUUAUUAAAUUAUGUAACAAACGUUACAAAAUUUGCCAUCUCAAUUACAUGAACGAAAUAUUUGUACCUAAUAAUACAUAAUUAAUUUUUUAAAUAAAAUAAAUUGUAAAAGAUAUAAAGUUAAAACGAACAGAUUUAUUUAGAAACAAAAAAUAAAAUU